CCAACUGCCCAUUGCUCUCAAAUCUUUUUGCUCUCUUCGUAAUCUCACUUAUUCCCUCUCCCUUCUCCCUUUUCCUCUUUUCCUCUCUUUCUUCUUUUUCCUCUUCUUCUCUUCUCUUCUCUUCUCUUCUCCUCUCUUCUUCUUUUUUUUCCCUCUUCUUUAGCCAUUUCAUCUUGAAAUUCUCUAAUCCUUUCCCUCUCUCCUGCUCCUUCAUCCAUUCUCAUUCCUCUCUCUCUAUCUAACGUCCAUAUUGCAUACACAUCUUAUUUGUCAACACCAGCAGCGUAGCACUGAUUGACUAGAACUGUUGUCGCUAUCUUUAUAAUUCCAUCAUGAGAAUAUUUGAGAAAUUCUUUGGGGUAAUCAACCCAGCCUCAUUUGCUCCUAUCCUCGCUGCUUUCUAUGCUGUCGUUGGUCUAGUCUUCAUGAUCCUCUGCUUCGGUCGAUGGAUCAUGCCACAUGCGGAAACAGACCUUGCUAUCCCAUGGGCAGUCAUUUGCAUUCUUCUCCUCUUUACAGGUCUUUAUGGUAUUUGGGCUACUACAAAGGGUAACACAUGGCAUCACCGUCAAUUCGUUUCAGCCUCCUGGGGAUUCAUCUUGAUGUUCUUGUGCUGGGGUAUUGUUUACAUCGCUGUGGAGGAGCAUCAUAUUGAAAAGGUCAAUCGCGGAUGCUUGGAGCGUAACCAAAGCAAGGGCUGGGAUGAAGCCAGAUGUGAUAGUCGCCGCCGAACAGCUGCAACCAUUGCCACCGUCAUGGUCACAAUCGGUAUGAUCUUGGGUAUCUACUUUACCUUGGUCUUGAGCAAGUGGGUCUCCGCUUUGGAAUGGGAGGAGCACUUGGAGCGAGAGAAGCGUCUGGCUGCUUGGCGCGAUGGCAAGGGUGAUAACCCACAUGUCGAGAAUGAGUACCAAAUUGAACACCCAUCAGGAGAUCAGGCUGUGUAAAUAAUAUUUAAUAAUUUAUCUUUUUUAAAAAAAAAAAAAAUACAGCAGUAGCCAUACAAAAAAGUAGAUAGGAAGGAGAAAGCAUGCAAGCCCAUUGCUGCAAUAUAUACAAUCACG